UAUAUAUUCAACAGCCAUGACACGCAUCGCCAUUCUUGAAUGCGACACCCCCAUUGGCCCCGUCAAAGAUCAGUAUGGGACAUAUGGGGACAUGUUCGAGAGGCUUCUCAGCGCCUCUCUUGCUUCCCUUGAAGACACAGCUACUACACUGGAAUUGACCAAAUGGAACGUGGUAGACAGUUCAUUUUACCCAGAUCCAGAGAAUGUUGAUGCAAUCCUCUUAACAGGAAGCAAACACGACGCCUUUGCAGACACACCGUGGAUAGUCGAACUCACCAACUACGUGCAGCGCGGACACCUGCAAAAGAAACCCAUAAUCGGCAUCUGCUUUGGUCAUCAGAUAAUUGCGCGCGCAUUGGGUGCUCGAGUCGGUCGCAGUGACGUCGGAUGGGAGGUAUCGGUGGAGCCGAUUUCUCUGAGCGAUGUAGGAAAGCAGCUUUUUUCCAAAGACACCUUCUCACUGCAUCAGAUGCACCGCGAUAUCGCCCACGAAGUCCCCGAAGGAUGUAUCAAUCUCGGCUCGACGCCUAUCUGCGAGGUUCAAGGAUUAUAUAUGCCGGGUCGCAUUCUUACGGUCCAGGGACAUCCCGAGUACGAUGAGUUUGUCAUCACAAGUCUGUUGGAGGCCCGUCAUCGGAUGGGGAUUUUCGGGGAUGAACUCUUCCGUAGUGGGAUCUCGCGAGCUGCAAAGGAGCAUGACGGAAUAUCGUUUGCGCAGGCUGCCUGGAGGCUUAUUUUGUCUGAGGUUUGAAUAUCUACCGUUUUUACGUUCAAACUACUGGUAUAAUAGGUAAUAUUCAAACGAGACUUUUCU